AUGGAUGAAGAUCUUCAAAUUCUCAUUACUGGCCAGGCUGGUACAGGCAAAACUGUUGCCCUGUGGUACCUCAUCCGCCGUAUCAUCCGCGAGACAGAUCAACCACUUGUUUACGUGGAAAACCAGAUCACAUACGUCUUCUACGACGGAACGGUAUUCUACGGAUCCACAAACAGUGCUUGUGCUUCAGAAGAGCUACCCCGUUCCAAGACUGAAUUAGCGACUCUCCUUGUUUUUCUGAACCUCGACAGAAUGAACGGCUCCUUGAGUGACGAUCUUCAUACACAAAUAGUGCUUCCUCUCUGGACAAAAGACGAACUUGUGAAAUGUUUUGAAGUGACACCGAGGAACACAAAGUUUCUGAAUACACUACAUGAAUCCUUCGAUGAGCAUGGAAACGCAAAAGCAGGCGUCGAUCAAAACAUUGCCAGUCGCUUCAGGUCAGCUUUAGAGCAAGCACGUCUACAAGCAGACACGCAUCCCGGCCCGCUCGACCGCACCAGCAAGCUGUCUGUGCUAAUCGAUGUCGCCACAGCCAAAUUCGGCCCUUUAGUCCGCGACGUCUUCGCAGCCAUCGUCGACGCGUCGCGCGUAGAAGCGAAACUGGACGACGCUCUAAUGAGCCUCAACUUGGACCAUCUAGCUACUGCUGUUACAUCGACUGCCAACCCGUUCUUACCAGGAACUUCACAUUGGAUCAUUCUCGUGGCUGCCGACGGUGAACAGAUCCAUAAGGUUGCUGUAAAUCCAGAGUUGAGGAUCACCAUUAGAUCAACAGAAAUCGCAAAUCGGGCAAUGCGCCGACUGCGACAACAUCAACUUGAAACCGAAAGAAUUGUUCACGCCUGUGUCAAGUUAUUUUCCCUUCAGUGUGCACGGUGGCUAGCUGGUUGGUUGUUUAAAGGUGUUGCCCUGCGAUUCCUCGUAACAUCACAGCAAGGCAUUCCUUUAGUUCGUAUGGUGCCUACAGAUCCCACGAAUACCUCUAAUCCAACGUUCACCACACCAAAUGAUCUCGACAUCGUCCGGAAUGCAACUUUACCGUUUGAGCGGUCCAAAUUCCCUUUAACUCAAGCAGCUGGAAGGACAUCAAAACAGGCGUUUAUAUGUUCUCCGACAUCUGUAACACAUCGCUAA